GCCGCCCCGAAGGAAGCGGAGCGCGGGGCCUCGAAGCUGCGUCAGGGCUGUGCACGGGGCUCUGAGCUGCACUUCCUCCCCCCGGAGCAGAGCAGGGGGGUGGGGGGGCCAUGGGCAGGAGGAGGUGACCCUCUGGGGGUCCCCGCUGUCCCCAUGUCGUUGGCACUCAAAGCACGGCAGAAGGCGAAGCGCAAAGGCGGCGGCGCCAAGGAGAAGGUGUUCGGCUGCGACCUCCUGGAGCACCUGCAGCAGUCGGGGAAGGACGUGCCGCAGGUGCUGCGGAGCUGCACUGAGUUCGUGGAGCAGCACGGGGUGGUGGAUGGCAUCUACCGGCUGUCAGGGGUCUCCUCCAACAUCCAGAGGCUGCGCCAAGAGUUUGAUGGGGAGCGCAGCCCGGACCUGCAGAAGGAUGUGUACCUGCAGGACAUCCACUGUGUCAGCUCGCUCUGCAAGGCGUACUUCCGAGAGCUGCCCAACCCGCUGCUCACCUACCGCCUCUACGACCGCUUCGCCGAUGCAGUGGCCACACAGAUGGAGGAGGCGCGCCUGGUGAAGAUCAAGGAGGUGCUGAAGGAGCUGCCCCCCCCCCACUAUAGGACACUGGAGUUCCUGAUGCGGCACCUCCUGCGCAUGGCAUCCUACAGCCACACCACCAACAUGCACGCCCGGAACCUGGCCAUCGUCUGGGCCCCCAAUCUGCUGCGCUCGAGGGACAUCGAGGCGACGGGCUUCAAUGGGACGGCCGCGUUCAUGGAGGUGCGGGUGCAGUCCAUCGUGGUGGAGUUCAUCCUCACCCACGUGGAGCAGCUCUUUGGGGAUGCACCUCUCUGUGGCGGUGAGGCGGCACGGCGCUCCCGGUUGUUCCCUGGGGACGGGUCAGGGCCCUACAACGUCCCUGCAGCACUCAGCCAGGGCGAUGGGCCCCCCCCGAUCCGGCCCUACCACACCAUCAUUGAGCUCAGCGACCACAGGAGGAAGGGGUCCCUGAAGGCCAAGAAAUGGAAAUCCAUCUUCCACCUGGGCCGCUCCGAUGCCAAGCGCAAGCUGGGGAAGGCAGAGGAGAAAGAGGAGAAGUGUGGGAAGCUAAGCCUGCGCCCAGCCAAGAGCAUGGACUCCCUGAGCUCGGUGCCAUACAGCAGUGAGGCAGACGAUGCCCGGCUCAGCACCACAUGUGUGAUGAAGCAACCGCCGCAGCGCCGGGAGAGCUUUGACACCUGCUCCUCACUGCCACACACCGGGACCUUUCCAGUGCUGGAGGAGAGCCCCGAGGAGAAGCUGACGGCAACAGAGGAACCACGGGGACCUGAGUCGGAGAGCGAGAGCAGCACCAAGUCAGAGCCCACCACCCCCCGGCCGGGCCGCACAGCGGUGGUGGGGGCCCGCAGCCGGGCUGAGAAGUGCGCAGGGGUCCACAUUUCAGGUCCCUUCUCUGUCACCGUCCCUUUGCACAUCACCUCCAACCUCUCCCGGCUGACACGAGGACAGCAGUGCCCGGCACUGGCUCAGCAUGGAGCCACUGGAUCCCCACUGCCCACCCGUCGCCUCACCAAGGAGCCCAAACCCCCCCAAAACAACACGGAGGAGGAUGCCCGGCUGUCCCUGGAGCUGCGUGACUCCUUCGCCUUCCUGGACUGCCAGGACGCGUGGCUGGAGCACGGAGAUGGGGACACAGCAGCGCGGACAGUGCUGGGACAUGGUGGCCUUGGGGACAGCGAUGGGUACCCGGCCAUAGAGGAGGGCAUGGAGAGUGGAUUCAUGAACCCGGGGGAGUCCCCCGUGGAGCAGCCUGACAGCUACCUGUCCAUUGAGGAGUGCAUGGACGAGGAGAUGUUCUACAUGGCACCCAGCUGCUCUGACACCGAGGAGCCCACCGGGGACACUGACUCCGAUGACAUGUUCCUCAGCGCCCAUGAUGAGCUCAGCCCAUUGGCAGCUGACCCUGAGACCCCCACCAACAUGUCCCUGGAGGAAAGUGGGGCUGAGCUGCGGGAUGGGUCCCCACCACCAGAGCCAUGUCCUGCAGAGGAGGUGGCUCUGGGUGAUGGGGGACACUUGGAGGACCCUCGUGGGGACACAGCGGAGGAGGGGGGACAGAUCUCAGUAAAAGAGAGGGAUGGAGGUGACAGGGAGGGGAACAACGGAUGGAGCAGAACUGAGCUGGGGCUUGAGGAUGGAGCAGCAGAAGCAGUGCUGGCUCCAGGUGGGGAAGAGGAGAUGGAUGGAGCAUCAAAGCAGAGUGAGGAGGGGGACCCCCAACCUUUAGAGGGGUCUCCAGUGCCAGAAGUACCACUCCAGGAGCCCACUGAGACCCCACUCCCUCAGGAGUCUGUCCCCAAGGUUCCUCCAACCCCAGUGGCUGCUGCUGAGGUUUCUCCAACCCCAAUGGCAGACCAAGAGGUCCUUCCAACCCCAAUGGCUGUCCCUGAGGUUUCUCCAACUCCAAUGGCAGUCCAAGAGGUUCCCCCAACCCCAAUGGCAAUCCAAGAGAUUCCCCCAACCCCAAUGGCAGUCCAAGGGGUUCCUCCAACUCCAAUGGCUGUCCCUGAGGUUUCUCCAACCCCAAUGGCAGUCCAAGGGGUUCCUCCAACCCCAAUGGCUGUCCCUGAGGUUUCUCCAACCCCAAUGGAAGUCCAAGGGGUUCCUACAACCCCAAUGGCUGUCCCUGAGGUACCUCUAACCCCAGCGGCCACCACAGAGGGCACAGAUCCCCCACCAGAGGCCAUCACCCCCACUCCCCAAGGGCAGCCUCUGACCCCUCUCCCACUCCUUCCCCCUCCCAGAGGCCAUGCCAGCAACCCCCCGGUGCCGUCCUGCGCCGUGACGGCAGCGCCCCGGUGCGCCUGGCGUCCCGCGCCGUGCGGGUGCAGCAGGCCCGCUCCGUCCCUGUCGUGCCCCCGAAGCCUCAAUUCGCCAUCAUUCCCCCCACCCUCCAACCCCACCCCCCCCCGGCAGAGGGCCGGAGGGCGAAUUGGUGUUAUGGUGGCAGCGUCUCCUUCGACACCGCCAUGACGGACGCCGCCGCCGAACGGCCAUCGGUGCACCGGAUUCAGACCUAUGGCGGAGGGGAGCUGCCCGCCGCACCCCCCAGCGCCCCCCCACAGCCC